AUGGAGGUGAGGCCACAAGAUGCAGAGGAGACAACGAUUGCACCCAGAUAGUUUACCGUGGAUUACGAGAACAACACUUUUCUUCUGGAUGGAGAACCCUUCCGCUACGUAGCUGGCUCCUUACACUACUUUCGUCUGCCUCACCCUCUGUGGCGAGAUCGACUAAGAAAGUUGCGAGCUGCUGGUCUCAACGUAGUUUCAACGUACGUUGAAUGGAGUCAGCAUGCUCUGGAACCUGGGGAAUACAUUUUCAGUGGAGAUCUUGAUCUUUUACAUUUCAUUGACAUUGCACGAGAAGAGGGACUGUUAGUGAUUCUCCGAGUUGGACCUUAUAUUUGUGCAGAAAGAGAUAUGGGUGGUCUACCAUACUGGUUGCUUACCCUUAAUCCAGAUAUCAGGCUGCGUACUAGUGAUCAAAGUUUCCUAAAUUAUGUGGAUGGUUGGUUAAGCUACCUAUUGCCACUGGUAGCUCCAAAGUUCUAUGGCAAUGGAGGACCUGUUAUAAUGGUCCAGGUUGAAAAUGAGUAUGGUAGUUAUCCAGCAUGUGAUUUUACUUACACUAGCUGUCUCAGAGAUAAAUUCAAACAGUACGUUAGAAAUGAUACACUAUUGUUUACAACAAAUGGAAGUUCAGACAUCAUGCUGCGAUGUGGAAAAAUACAAGAUGUGUAUGCAACUGUUGACUUCGGUGUAGGUUCAAAUGUGGCAUCUUCAUUCAGUGCUAUGAGUCGCCAUGAACCACAAGGACCUCUAGUUAACUCAGAGUUCUAUCCUGGUUGGUUGUCUCAUUGGGGAGAAAGAUACCAAAGACUAAAUACAGGUGCAAUUGUGACACGUCUAGAGGAAAUGCUGGAGAUGAAUGCUUCAGUUAACUUUUAUAUCUUCUUUGGUGGCACAAAUUUUGGAUUCACCUCAGGUGCAAAUUAUAAUGAUAGAUAUGAGCCACAGCUGACUUCAUAUGAUUAUAAUGCACUAAAUGAAGCAGGGGAUCCAACUCCAAAAUAUUUUGCCAUACGAGAAAUGAUAGGACAGUAUUUACCUCUGCCAGAUAUUCCAUUACCAGUUCCUUCAGAAAAGGGGGAUUAUGGUACUGUGACUCUGUAUCCAGUUGCUGCUUUAUUGAGUGAUCUGUUACGGGAAACACUUGGAAAAAAGUACAAAUCAUCAUUGUAUCCUAAGACAUUUGAGCAAUUAGGGCAAAACAGUGGUUUUAUAUUAUAUGAAACAAUAAUUCCAGAUGAUUUAAAUGAUCCUGCACUGCUUGAUUUACCAGGAGUGAGAGACAGAGCAAUUGUUCUCAUUGACAGGGUAAUAAUCUUGUACCAUUUUUGA